CAGCAGGCUGCAUCUGGCGCAGAUUGCAUUAGGCCCUGCUGUGAUGCAUAAGGUGGUAUUGUGAUCAUGGGAUAUCUGCAAGGCUUUGGGGUAUCGUCCAAUGGGUGAGAACUACCUAACGCACAAGCGGUAUGGCUUGUCUACCGCGACGGUGGGCAGAUUGCAUGAAGGCAGGGGCACCGCAUGCUGACAAGUCAGAUGUCGACCACAAUUCCAGCCGCAAAAUCCUGUGAGAAUGGGGGCCGAAAGCAGGCUGGCGCUCGAAUUAUCUAUGGGUAAUCGUAACCUGCGGUCUCAGCUAGGGAGACAAGAAAUCUCGACGAUAUCUUAUGUCCACACCUAAACCUUCUCGGUUACACCACAUCUUUGAUCCAACUGCCGACACGGACAGAAACAAGUACGAUGGCUGGUGACAGUCUCCUGGCCACUUCAGAAGCUGGUAACGAUGAGGUGGCGGCGGUGGGGCAAUCCAUACCAGCGGUUGAAAAUGUAGAAGGUCAACCAGUGUCAACUGCGGACGAGUCGACGGGAUCUGAAGACGCAGCGCGGCCAUUGCAGUCGAGCAAUGCCGAAAAGGAGGCGAAAGAGGCUUUGCUAAUAGCUGUGGAAAAGAUGAAGGCGUUGAAGACAGCAACGACAGUAAACGUCUGGGCAGAGUAUUCGCAAUUGGAAGACAUCAUGGAUGAGUUUCCAUCACCGCCCGCCUCGCCACGACCGACGAGCCAAGUCCCUCCUCCUUUCCCACACGGAGGUGGUACCGCACCCCGAGUAUAUCCCAUUAAUUUAAAUACCCCUAGUUCUCAGCCCAUCAUACCAUCUUGUACAAUUGAGCGAUUGUCGAUGGGAGACUGGCGCGGGGACUCCUUAGGUCCGCCACGACCCGGCCUUCCACCACCGCCGCCGCGACCCGGCUUUGCACCUGGUCCACCGCGACCAGGCUUUGCACCUGGUCCGCCACGACCCGGCCCUCCGCCUGGGCCACCCGGCUAUGGCCCAAGUGGUCGCGUCGGUCGCAACAAUGCCACUCCUGUCAUACAAGUAUAUUACCGGAACGUACGCUCUGUGCCGACAACGGUCGACAGAGAGUACUCGGACGAGGAUUUCAAGAAUGCCUACACUAAUGCGCAAAAUAUUGAGAAGCCACAAAGGGUUAAGAUUAAUUCAUCAAUUCUCUUAGAUGACCUAGAGCGCAUCGCUGGACUGACAUUGCCAGGCCUUCCUCACAUGUGAGUCAUAGCGGAAUACCAAUCUUUUGUUGAUCUUUUACUCGAAGGAGCUGACCACUACGUCGACUUCAGCAUCAUCCCAAGCUUCAAGCUAUUAGUCCAUAAUUGGGAUGGAAUUAAAUCAACAUUGAAGAAACUGACACUUGAGCUUGAAGAUUUGGAAAAGCGAGUGACAAGGGUGAUAGCAGUCGAAUCACCUACAAACGCUAGAACUGGUAAUGAACCACAAGGAACAACAACACCCACGGACGAU